AUGGAAGAGGAGGUACCCCAAGCAGCACCAGCAGCGAGCGUGGCCAAGUGGUCAGGCUUCUACGCUUCGGGGUUCGCGCCGUGGGACGCCCACCGCCCGGCCUCGCAGCUGGUCGCCUUCCUGCACGACCACCCCGAGGGCCAGCGCCUUCUUCCACCUGAGCGCUCCUCGACGUCGGCAGAGGUGCUGGAGAUAGGCUGCGGCUCGGGUGCUUCGUGCGUGUGGAUGGCCCAGCAAGGCAUGGCCGUGGUGGGGGUCGACCUCGUCCCUCUGCCGCUACGCGCCGCUUCAGCAGCCGCCACCGCCGCUGGGGUGGCGGACCGGUGCAGGUUCGUGGCUUCAGACUUCAUGGCCCUGCCCAACUCCUUCUCCUUCGCCGUGGGCAAGCGGAUGAGCCACGAGCAGCAGGAUAAGGCACACGAAGAAGAGGCCGCGAGCGGCGAUGUGGCGGCGGAACGCGAAGGUGGAGGCUUCGAUCUCGUCUACGAUUGUCAGUGCUUCCAUGUGCUACGGAAGGAGAUCGGAGAGCGGCCCGUGGCCGACAAGAUUGCUCAGCUCGUCCGGCCUGGAGGCAUUUUCUUCACUCUGGUGGGUAACUGCAACGAAGCAAUGACCGGGCCGGAGCGCCUGACCAAGGAAGAACUCACCGACGCCUUCGCCUCCCACUUUGAGGUGCUCUCCAUCUACGAGACGAGGGCCCUUGGGGCACUUACUUGA